AAAAAUCUUAUUCACUCCACAAAAAUGGAACAAGUUAUCAACUUCACUCCCACUUUUCAACUUCAAGAACACAUCUUUUUAGCACCACUAUUUGCUAUUAUCUUCUUUAUUGUGUUCAAAACAUACUUCAUGUCUUCUUCUCCACCAAUCUAUCUUGUUGACUACUCAUGUUUUAAGCCACCAAACUUUUGGAGGCUACCCUUUUCGUCAUUCCUCGAACACUCGCGCAUCGUCCACUCGCUCGAUCAACAAAGUGUUGACUUCAUGACUAAAGUCUUGGUGUCUUCUGGUCAAAGUCAAAGUACAUGCAUUCCUCCACCUUUGCAUUAUAUCCCACCAAGAUCAACUCAUGAAGAUGCCAUUAAAGAAGCUCAAAUAGUUCUCUUCACUGUUUUUGAAGACCUUUUAUCCAAAACUCAACUCUCGCCUCGAAAUAUCGACAUCAUCAUAGUGAACUGCAGUGGCUUUUGUCCUUCUCCGUCACUAUCUGCAAUCAUUGUCAACCGGUACUCGAUGCGAGACAACAUAAAGAGCUUCAACAUAAGCGGUAUGGGGUGUAGCGCGAGUGCCUUAGCGGUUGACAUGGCGAAAAACCUUUUGAAAGUUCACAAGAACUCUAACGCGGUCAUUCUUAGUACAGAAAUUUUAUCUAACGGUUGGUAUGCAGGAAAAGACCGGUCCAUGAUGGUCCUCAACUGUCUCUUCCGAUCAGGUGGUGCCGCCAUCCUAAUCACCAACAAGACAUCCGCCAAAAGGAUUUCCAAAUACAGAUUACUAUAUGCUAAAAGAACACAAGGCGCGUUCGAUGACAUAGCUUAUAACUCUGCGAUCCGUGAAGAAGAUUCCGAAGGCAUCAUUGGUGUUACUCUUAAAAAAGAUGUACUACAUGUGGCCCGAGAAUUACUUCGAUCGAACUUUCAAGUUCUAGGCUCCUCAAUACUUCCAAUGGAAGAGAAAAUCCGAUAUGGGUUUUCCGUAAUUAGAAGGAAGUUUCUCGACAAAUCGAUAGAACUUUACGUACCAAACUUUAGGAAAGUGAUACAACACUACUGCUUGCCAACAUCUGGGAAGUCAGUGAUAACGGAGAUAGGAAAAAAGAUGAAGUUAAAAGAGGAGGAAAUCGAGGCGGCUUUGAUGACAUUGCAUCGGUUCGGGAACCAGUCAUCGUCUUCGUUGUGGUAUGAGUUAGCUUACAUGGAAGGGAAGGAGAUGGUGAAGCAAGGGGAGAGGGUGUUGCAGCUUGGGAUGGGGAGUGGGCCCAAAUGUACUAGUUUGGUAUGGGAGUGUAUCAGGCCCAUUGUUAAUGAGGCUCAUAAAGGCCCAUGGGCCGACAGUAUCCAUAACUAUCCUGUUAAUUAGUGUUAGGGAUGAAAUAUGGCCGAAGUUGCACAAAUGGGCACCUAAUGAAUUAUAUUCAUUGUUUGGUUUU